UCUUCAGCACCACGGUUGUGGACAGCGCCCCAAGCAGGCUGCUGAUCCCACGCCCAUUCCUCUCUCAAUCUCUGCCAGACCUGCUGCUACUGCACAGCUAGUCCCCCCUGUUGCAGAGAAAGGAAAUUACAUCGGAUCCAUGCAGCCGGCAAUGAUGAUGUUUUCAAGUAAAUACUGGGCAAGGAGAGGGUUGUCCUUGGAUUCAGCUGUGCCUGAAGAGCAUCAGCUACUUGGCAGCUUAACACUAAGUAAAGCUAACUCUGGCAAAAAUGAUGACAAGAAAGGCAACAAGGGAAGCAGCAAAAGUGAAACUGCUACCGAAAGUGGCAAGACAGCAGUUGUAUUCUCCUUGAAAAAUGAAGUUGGUGGAUUGGUAAAAGCGCUGAGGCUCUUUCAGGAGAAACAUGUCAACAUGGUUCACAUCGAAUCUAGGAAAUCCCGACGAAGGAGUUCCGAGGUUGAAAUCUUCGUGGACUGUGAGUGUGGCAAAACAGAAUUCAACGAGCUCAUUCAGUUGCUGAAAUUUCAAACCACAAUUGUGACGCUGAAUCCGCCAGAGAACAUUUGGACAGAGGAAGAAGAGCUAGAGGAUGUGCCCUGGUUCCCCCGGAAGAUCUCUGAGUUAGACAAAUGCUCUCACAGAGUUCUCAUGUAUGGUUCUGAGCUUGAUGCCGACCACCCAGGAUUUAAGGACAAUGUCUAUCGACAGAGAAGAAAGUAUUUUGUGGAUGUGGCCAUGGGUUAUAAAUAUGGUCAGCCCAUCCCCAGGGUGGAGUACACGGAAGAAGAAACUAAAACCUGGGGCGUCGUAUUCCGGGAGCUCUCCAAACUGUAUCCCACUCACGCCUGCCGAGAGUAUUUGAAAAACUUCCCCCUGCUGACUAAAUACUGCGGCUACAGGGAGGACAACGUGCCCCAACUGGAAGACGUCUCUGUGUUUCUGAAAGAAAGGUCUGGCUUCACGGUGAGACCGGUGGCUGGAUACCUGAGCCCACGAGACUUUCUGGCAGGACUGGCCUACAGAGUGUUCCACUGUACGCAGUACAUCCGGCAUGGCUCAGACCCCCUCUACACCCCGGAACCAGACACAUGUCAUGAACUCUUGGGACAUGUUCCACUACUUGCGGAUCCUAAGUUUGCUCAAUUUUCACAAGAAAUAGGUCUGGCGUCCCUGGGAGCAUCAGAUGAAGAUGUUCAGAAAUUAGCCACAUGCUAUUUCUUCACAAUUGAGUUUGGUCUUUGCAAGCAAGAAGGACAACUACGGGCAUAUGGAGCAGGACUCCUUUCCUCCAUUGGAGAAUUAAAGCAUGCCCUUUCUGACAAGGCAUGUGUGAAAGCCUUUGACCCAAAGACAACUUGCUUACAGGAAUGCCUUAUCACCACCUUCCAGGAAGCCUACUUUGUUUCAGAAAGUUUUGAAGAAGCCAAAGAAAAGAUGAGGGACUUUGCAAAGUCAAUUACCCGUCCCUUCUCAGUAUACUUCAAUCCCUACACACAGAGUAUUGAAAUUCUGAAAGACACCAGAAGCAUUGAAAACGUGGUGCAAGACCUUCGCAGUGAUUUGAACACAGUCUGUGACGCCUUGAACAAAAUGAACCAAUAUCUGGGGAUUUGAUGCCUGGAACCGGUGUUGUUGUCAGCAUGAUCUUUUUGGGGCUUAGCAGCAAUUCAGUCAAUGUCAUUUAACACUGAUAACUUUCUGUGUCAAAGCUAGUUAGCAUGCAAUUCCAUGUAUCUGUACCUACUUGUAACUUACUGUGUUAGUAUGUAAAACACCAAAAGAAACCCAAAUAACUACUUGUAUGAAAGAAUGUAAUAUGUUUAAGUGUCAUAGAUUUGACAAGGCUGCUUAGUGUCCUUAACCAAACUGCAUCUAUUUAAAAUUUGUAGCAAAUAACCCUCUUAGGAUCCUAGCUUAUGCCCUUUUCUUUCUCAGAUUUGAGCCUUUUCCUCUGUGUUCAUUACAUAAAAUGAAAACAACAGUGAAGCUGUUUCUAUUUUCAAUAGUAUCAGUGUUUUCACAGCAUUAUUUGAGACAAACCUAGAAUUGUAGGAAACUUCCCAUCACAGUAACAAGAGAUGCAAUAUUCUGUUUCAAAAAUUGUUGAGGUAACAAAGUAGCUGGAAUGAUUUUUAGGUUGAGUAUAUAUAAAAUGCAAGAAAAGAGAACAUUUUACAAACAGAAUAUAUAGGUUGCAUUGAUCUUGUAGAAACUGAGUUGCGAGAAGCUUCCUAAAGUAUUUUGGAAGAUAAGAUUCUAGAAAGGACAUUAGGAAAAACUAAACAGCGGGCAAUAAAUCUUGUGACUAUGAAUUUUAUGCUGGGAUAAAGUGAAUUAU